CUGCUUUUCCAUUCUGCCUGGCUUGACGCUCCCAAAGCAUGGUCGCUUUCCGUCCUGAUGAAAAUAUCAAAGUGUGCGGUGCCCUUGUAUCCUGUCAGAGAGCGGAGGCUUCACAGUCAGUCCCGGAGCGUCAGCGGAGCACAGAGAGCACACUGUCCGGCCUGGAGUGUCAUUGUCCCCGGACGUCAGGACCCACCGUGCCCCCCCUCUCACGCUGACUGAGCCCCGGCAUGUGGAGCCGCUUUCUCCUUGGAUGACCUACACGCAACCUCUCGCAGGAGCAGCGGGCGCCGGUUCACUACAGCGGAACACUUGCUGGUUGAGAGGACGUAUUAAUACACAGCGGGCAACAGGUCAGGUUGAGUCUCCGCAGGCUUCAGGCCGACUCCGGAGCAGCUGACCCGGGGAACUAAAUACGACGUCGCAAUUAGUUUUUUUCCACCGUGGCUGCGUCAGGAGGAGCCGACACACGUCUGGAAGUUGAAGACUUUGACAGUCAAUGAGUGAAUAAUUAUUAACAAGACAGCCCGUGUUUAAACUCAGACACUGAAUAAUUCCUGGAGGUUACCGGUGUUCACAUGAUGUACACAAUCACCAGAGGUCCCAGCAAACUUGUUACACAACGGAGGACAGGUCCCACACAACAAAUCGAGAGCAAAUUCAACGACUUGAAGCUCAAGCCGACGUCUUGGCUCUCGUCAAGCUCUCCGCCGCCAAAGCUCGUGUUCAAUCGUUUGAAUGGGAAGCGCUACCACAGUGCAGCCACACAGAAGACCGCCAGCCCAGCAGAGGGAUUCACCCCUGCACAUGAAGAGAACGUCAGAUUUGUGUAUGAAGCAUGGCAGGAGGUGGAGCAGAAGCUGGGGGACGGGGGCAGUGGGGAGUCAACUGACAGCCGGGGGCCCAUUCAGUACACUGAGAAGACUCCCAGUGCUGCGAUGAAGAACUUUGUGCCCAUAGACUUGGAGGAGUGGUGGGCUCAGCGCUUCCUUGCCAACAUUGCCAACCUGUCAUGAGCGGGUGAGGCUUUGAGCUGGGACAGGAAGCACCGCGUCGAUGCUCCAUAGGAGAGGGCAUCAUGAUGGCGGAGAGGAGGCAAGCUCGUCUCCAGGAUCUGCGGUGCAAAAGGGUCGUACGUAAUUUGGAAUCUGAUUUGAUGCCCUGUGCUUCACGCUGCUGUAGAGAGAACUGGGUGCACGACACAAACCCCCCCCCAUGCAACAGCGACCUGAAUGAACUCUGAGCGCUGACUUGAUGUUGUGCUGCUACGAAGGACCCGUCUCUCUACUUGAAUGACGUAUCAGAUUUUUUUUUUUCUUGUUCAAGAACCUGCCUCCUUUCUCAGUGUACUUGGCUGUAUGUACACCGUGGCUGAUCUUUUCUUAUAAAUCUAUGGAACAGCAAAAAAACUAAAAUGUUUUUCAAAAAUCUCCUGUGUGAAGAAUUAUUUCUGCCAACUUAAUUUCCUUUGUUCUGUUUUGGCUUAACACAUUUGGUAUUAAUAUAGUUGGUGAAAUACCACAUGCUACGGUUUAAUUUUUGUACCAUCGCAUACAUGAUAUGAGUGUAAAAUCUAUUUCAAACAUCAA